UCCAUUUGCACCAUACGAACAAGCAAAGAGAGAGAGAAGCUCUAGGAUAAACCUCCCACAAAAGCUCUAGCUUGAAGGAAACAAGGGGGCAAAGAAGCUCAAGAGAAAAUCGCUUGAAGAGGAGGAGUUGAAAUCACCGGAAACCGCCAAGUAUAGCAGGCUGCUCGAACCUGCAGAACACGAACACCGGGCGGCUUUUGUGAAAGCCGGGCGGCUUUCAGCUGCUGUCCAGGAUUCUUGGCUUAAUCAGCCAAAAACGGGGGUUGAUCUAAGGACUUCGCAAAGGCAACUAGUUGAGCACAUCAUAAGAAAUGGAACGUACCGGGAAAGUUACUCGAUGGAACCCGACUGGCCAAGCACCGGGAGGAUCCCAACGUGGAAGUCUUGGAGGAUCGAGGGAGUCUAGGGGACAGGGCCGUGCAGGCCGCUCGCUGACCGUGAGUGACGGUCAUGUGGAAACAAUUGAUGAGCAUUAUGAGUCCGAGGAGGAUUCAACUUACCAACCGGGAACUGAGCCGGUUGAGACCCCAUAUGAUGGGGAAUACGACGAUGUUGGUGAUGAGAGCGAUGAUAAUGACGCUCUCGAACGGAUUGAGGAAUUGCUCUGGCAAUACCACCAAGAUCACCAAAGGCGUCGGGCAAGGAGUGCUUUGGGAGGGGCUUCAAGGAGAGGAAGCCAUGUAACUCCUAGGGAGAGCUUAGAACCCCGAGGAGGUAGAGGUGCCGAGGUUCCUAUUAUAAGGAUCUCGAAGUACCUUAAAGAGGCAAGAGAUUUGGGAUGUAAACCGUUUGAUGGAACGGGAGACAUCUCCGUUGCGGUUGAGUGGAUCAAAAGAUUCAACGAAGCGGCCCUUGAUAUGCAGCUGCCACCCAACAUGAAGUUGAGAGUGGCCACGAGACUACUAGAGGGCAUGGCGUCCACAUGGUGGGAUGAAGCUAAAGGGAAGUACGGCGAGACCGUUGUAAGGAAUAAAUGUAAUUAGAUUUCGAUGAUGCUAUAGGACUUUAGAAAGUACCCCUUUAGAAAGUUGUAUUAGAAUUUUCUUUGUAAUUGUUUUUGUAUAAUCGACCGACAGAAGACCUCCAGACAGAAGCCCCUUUUGGCCCUCUAAUGGUUGUUCCCUGACAGAAGUCCUCCUGACUCUCUGUUGAACUUCACUAGAACAGAAGUACUUAGGUCCUCUGUUGGCCCUUAUCUUAACAGAAGGACUGAAGACCCUCUGGUAACUUACGUUUCAACAGAAGUGCUCAUGACCCCUUCUUAUUGACUACUGCUGCAGAUAGCAGAAGGCCUGACACUUAGAAUUCUAUCUCAGCCGGUUAUUUCAACGGAAGAUCCUCUAACGGCUAGAAUACUACAACGGAA